UUUCAACUACAUCUUAAAUUCAAGUAAGAGGAGGGUUUGUACUGCAUCCACACUUUUAGCCCAAAAAGCACUCAUAUGAGGAGGCAAAUUUAAGUAUAUAAUAUAUCCUGAUGCCUCAACCAUUCAUGAUUCUUUGACAAGUAAGACUAAUACCUCCCUAAACCAUUCCUCUUAAUCUCUCUUCCUCCCUGUAUCCCUAACUUCUUUUCAUACCCAAUUUUAUAAAGUCACGAGACCCACCUUUAUGUCUCUUGUUGUUCUUUGUAUUAUGAGAGAGAAACAAGCUUGAAACAUAGAUUAAGAUGAUUCAGCUGACAAUGCAACCUGAGUAAACUGAGAGAAAAACUUUGAAUUAAGCUUCUACUUAUUGCUUUAUAUUUAUAUGUUCUUCUCCUUCAACUAUCAACUCUCAUCACUUCAUCUUUUUCUUAAGUCUCCCCUCUUCCUUUUUUAGUUUGCUACAAUCAUAUCCAUGAGACCAGUGGGGAGCCCAUUAGACCUGAAUCAUUUGCCGGAAGAUUUCACUAGAGAUGGCAAACAGGUGUAUGAAGACACUUCCACUUCUGGACGAAAGAAGAAGAACAAAGAUGAAAGUGGAAAGGUAUAUGAGUGUAGGUUUUGUUCUCUCAAAUUCUGCAAAUCUCAAGCUCUUGGUGGUCACAUGAACCGCCACCGCCAAGAGAGAGAGACAGAAACGCUAAAUAAGGCUCGUCAACUGGUUUACAGCUCUGAUAACCCUCCUCUUCCUCACCACCACCCCCAUUCUCAUUUAGGGUCUUAUGUGACAUCAGCGCCAGGUGGACUAUAUCACCAGACAGCACCACCACCUCCUCAAGUAUACCCAACAAGACCAAUAAUGUUCUCAGGAGGUUCAUCAUCAACAAUUCUUCCACCACCCCCAUAUCAUCAUUCUCAACCUUGUGUGUACAACACAACGCCACCACGUAUGGUUCCACCAGGGGACUACUAUAUGGCACAUGGUCACGCACUUACUGGAUCAUCUCCCUCAAACUACACCUACAUUGGAGCACCGGUGGGUUUACCUAGACCUCCAGGAAGUAGUCGAGAUGGGCUGGAUCAGGAUGAUGGGCUAACAAGUCCAUAUUAAUUUACCCAGCCUUUUUUAGUUUUGAUCGAUCAUUUUAAUUAUAUAAGCUAAUUAAUUAAUAGUACUAUUUAUUUAAUUGAAGUAUGCAUGAAUGAUGAGAUCGAAAAAGAAGGCCAUGCAAUGCAAGAAGGGCUAAUUAAAGAGAUGUUUGUCUUUCUGUUUUACAGGGAUAUAUUAAUAUUAAUUUCAUGAAUGAUGACAAGUG